AUGUACUGAAGCAGCUACCUGUGUGAAGGUCGCAAGGGGAAGUAUGAAACAUCUGACGCUUUUGAAGAGCUGCCGGAAUCUCGGGAAUUUGGCAGUUUGCAAGAGCUCAUCAAGUGGUUUGCCAACUACAUCAACUGGGCUCAGGUGCUUGAGCAACGCAAUACCAUCUUUCACAAGCAGCUUGAGACUUUCCAAUGCAUGGAUAAGUUGGCUGAAUUAGAAGAAGCUUUUGCUGCUCAGAUUGACCGCAACCGCUAGUGAGUUCAUAAACUGGCCACAAACAGAUCGAAGCUGGAAUGUGAGGAGAAAGAUGCUCAGCGCAUGGUGGAUGCAUUUUGUAACAAAUACAGAAAUGUAUGUGAGUAUCAGCAGAUGCUGAAAACGACUUUUGAACACCUUAAUAAGGAGGCCGAUGAAGCUUUGUUGUGUAAUUUGGAGCUACAGACUGAGUCUCAGUUCUUGCAGGAUGAUGGUAAUGCAACAGAUGACAGAUACAAGAAGAAUCUCAUGGAAAUACAGACCUGUGUCAGCAUUUUACAACAGAUCAGACAGACGACUCCCCAGGUAUCCAGCAUCACAGCUGGAGCCAGUAAGGAGAAGCGGAUAACUGAGAGGAGGGUACCAGUUCUUCAGAGCCAAUUGGAAGAAUACAAGAGCAACCUUUGCCAGCUCCAGGCUCAGAAAAUUAAACUGCAGACAGAGACAACAAUGCUGGAACAGACUAUUAUGAAGACCCAGGAAAGUUGUGAUGAUGAGAUUCAGGUGUAUUAUGAGCAGAUUGACACUCUGAGAAAGAGCAUAGAAGAUGCUGAAAGGAUCUUGGAAAAAUAUACCAAUGACUGCUGCCAGCUCUCCAUUUAUAAGCAGUCUCUGGAGAGUGAACUAGAGCACUACAAAUGUAUUAUUGAAAAUGAAGAUAGCGGGUUGAAUUCUGCCAUUGUAGGAACCCCUGUGACACUAUUUACACAGAGUUACAAAUCCUCACAGACCCCAGCCCUAGGAGGGAGAGACAUUACAUUAGUUGUGCAAGACAAAGCUACUGCAAAGAGCAGACAAAGAAGUCUGCCAAAGAAAAUGUCUAGGAGGAAGGAGAUCACACCUAAAGACCUCACCAGUGGUGCCUCAUCAGAAAAAAUUGACUGGCCUAUGGAAGAUCUUGAUGAACAUCAGCUAGAUUUCAAGCAUGAAGGUUUAAUGAUAACAAGUGAACAUGGGUAAGAUGAAGUAGAUAUUACUAAGCAAGAGAUAGCUGCAGAGGACGUGCCUGAUAGCACACAGAUAAGCAAAGCUUUUGAUAAACUAUGCAAUACAAUGAGAGAGAGGAUCAGACACUACCAGAGACCAGAACCCCAAACUGACAUCUCUACUAAAGGGCAUUAUGUACUUGUCACUGCAGAGGGAAGCUACUAUGACCCCUGCUUCCACUCUUUAUCCGUUACUUCUGGAGGUGUGAACACCAUUUCUGGCAGUGAAGGAAAGAUGCCAAGCGGUGGCAGUGUAGCCAAUAUCGAGUUACCUGAACCUCUUGAAAGUAACAAAUGUGAACUCGAAGCCCAAGAAACUCAAAAGGGGUCCGGGGUGCCAGAAGACAUAAAAUAUGAAUAUAAACCAGAAGUCAAAGUGAAGGAAGAUAUUUUUGAACAGUGGGGAAAGCUUGAAGAAAAGGGAACUGAAGCAGGUGUGUAUGUAGGCAAGGAGUAUGACAGACAAGGUGGUCUUACUUUCAAGAAACUGAAUCUACCAAGUACCAUGAGUUAUGAGAAGGUAGAAGUGGUGGAAUCCAUUAAGAAAUUCUCAGAUGACAAAAUUCAGACGUGUGAAGAAACUGCUAUGAUUGUAGAGACCAUGACUGAGAGGAUCAACAAGAAGGUGGGAGACAACAGCUGUUAA